GGGACCAGAAUGAAUAAUGACUUAUUGUUGUUCACUAUGUUGAAUCAAUACCAACAACUACCUUUACAACCACAUCACAAUCGCAAAAAUGGCUAAUCAUACCAAUUAUCUGGCCAUCACCGCUCUCAUCUUCGCACUUUCCUUCAUUUUUGCGCAUGCUUCACCUGCUCCAAUCAGCAUUAGAGCUUCAAAGAGUAACAAUAAUCAAACAUCUGUCCCAAUUCCAUACAAGGCAGACGGUUUGAACUGCACCGUCUCAACCGAUCCCGUUUCAACUGCCACUUUGAUCGAUUGUCAAGCUUUAUUAGCCUCCAAUGGUACCGCAUUAAGGAAAACAUUUGUCAACAAAGAGACGUGUGCAUACAUUAGCGACAAAGGUUACGAGCGUGCCGCAAGCUCUCGAGUCGUCGGCUGCCAUGGAAACUGUUGUCUUUCUUACGCCUACCCUGCCAAUACUAAUCCGGAAAAAGUUAAUGUGACUGCACAACAAGUCAUUCCACGUGCAGAAAAGUUACUCAAAUGUGGUGCGAAUGCAGGUUCAGGUCACAUUAGUGCAAGAGAGUUGUACAAAGAUGGAACUGGAUUGUGUCUCUUGCAAGGAAAUUCUACCUGUGGCUGCUUUGAUGAUUUAUUAUGGACUCCAGAUGGCGCUCCAGUAGAUGAUCCAGAAAAGCGAUCAUAAAAGUGGGAUUGUAGCCUGAAUCAUGAACAGUAAUCAUUAUAAAUAAGAAACGAAAAGAACCUGCCGGCAAGUUCAAUAUAUUGAUUGCAAAAUGAAUACAAAGUGAUCAGAUACACAAUUAAGCUUUGCAGAUGCAAGUAUCAUUCUUGUCGCAAUAACCAUCUUUUUUACCGCCAGAUGCGUCUGCACAUGAAGCUGAACAU